UGUUAGAUCUAUUAACAUAGAUACUCAAUAAUUUCCACUGAAAUGGGUUAUUUACCAAGGUUGAACACUACUGGUUCUGUAGGUAUUUAUAGGCAUGAAAAGACCUUUGCUUUGUACUGGAAAUAAGAAUGCACACUCAGGAAAUGACCGGUCAUGUCAUUUUUCUUGCCCACCUGACAAAAGUCAUCCCCUUAAUUUGAGUUAACAUUUAUUAGUAAGAUAUGUAUUUUAAACGUGGCAUAAGUUGUGCGAGAUGGAUGGUAUUUUUGGGAUUUUUCAUACCAACAUUUGAACACAAGCUGUGCAGUGGUGAAUGCGGUAACAUGACAAUGGUCAAAGGUCUCUUGGACUCAACCGUGAUCCUCCCAUGCAGUUUUAACCACAGCGUGAAUAAGACUGUGCUGUGGAGAAAAGACGAGGACAGCAUCAUCCGUAUCAGUAGCGCAACCAGUGUCGAUUUCCUGGACCAUAAGAUGGGCAGAGUGAUUGUUUUCCCAAAUUUGUAUCAGAGAGGAAAUUUUUCACUCCGCAUUGACCGGUUCCAGGAUCUAGAUGUGGGUGUGUAUUGCUGUGUGCAAGGAAACCAGUGCAGGAGAGUGGAAGUCAAGCAAGGGCAGUCAAAAGCAGCGAAGCCCAAUGAGCCGGAAACGACAGUAACGACAGUAAAAGAUCUUCCUAUUGGAAUCUACAUCAUUAUUGCAGCAACUGUUAUCUUGAUUGCUCUUGUCAUCGCAUGUGGCUACAUGCUCAAAAACAAAUGGAUUUUUGUUAAUAGGGUUGAAUACCACGUCAAUCAUAAUAAUAAAGUCACCAUCACAGCCAGCACCGAGGCCAGCGCCCCACCCCAUCCUCAUGACCAGCAAGUCACUCCAAACGACGCCCCUCAGGACAGAGGAGACUCUAAUGAGAGCAGUGUGCGUGAGCUCACUUGGAAUGAAGCAGUUAUGCAGAACAAAUCUCACCAGGUGGUUGGUGAUGUCCUCAUUCCCCAUCGAGGAUUCUCAUAUUUUAACAAUGACCUACAGAGAGGUGGAGUAAGAGUUCACAGACCAGACAGUGUGGUGUAUGAAAAUGAUGAACAUGACCCUGAACAUAAGCGAGUGGAGACAUCUCUUAACACUAAUUUUCAAAAAGAUACCCGCAGUUCACCUCGGAAUCGGAUUCCACCUGUUGCCCAACCAAACUAUGCAAACCAGUCAGAAAUUAAUAAAGCUGAGAAACCAGUUAAAGAGGCUCAGAGACAAGGCCGAAGAUCUGAGAUUCGAAAUCCCAUCUAUGGCAACAGUACUGAGUGUCUGAUGCAGGAUGAAUGACACUUAUUUUGCUUUUUCCAAAAUGUAAAAAUGUAUCAAUAUGAGCUACAAUAAAUGUAUUAAUUAA